AUGGUUGCAAUCAGUUUACCAAACGCACCCAAUAGCAGCGCGUCAAAAGGACUGAGUUUCCGUUUGCGUCUGGUGACAAUCAAAGUUUUUAGCUGCUCAAAAAUGGUGUACUGGAUGAUUGGGUUCAAGACCAAGAACAGAGCAGGAACAAGACCGCUAAAUAGACUGCGCCAGCCUUCUUUUUUCAAAAUCGUCAAAAUCACCUGGAUUGUGUUAGAUGGGGCAGACUUCCUUGCGGACCUCUUGAGCACCGUAAGUCUUGUGUUUGCUAUCCAAAUUGGGUUUGUAGCUACUCUCGAGAUGACACCAGCCACAAGGCCAGCCACGAUACUUUGUGUGGCAGUGAGGCCUUUCUUAAGCGACACGGACCUAUCUCUCCUCAGUUUCGAUCCGGUGAGCUCGUUUUUGAGCGCUUCUUUCGAGAUUGUUGGGUCUUUGGCUUUUUUAGUAGAAGCCUGGGCUUUUGUAGAUAACGUGACCAAUGGGUACGUGAGAGUCAUGGAGAUGAGCCCUCCAAGCCCACCGGCAAUCCCAUGGGCAAGAGAAUCGACUUCCUUAGACAUGGGCAAAUAA